AUGAACAUGACGGCAAAAACAUGGUGCCAGCCACAGGGGCAGGCACGCGGGCCCUGGAUCAGGGGUUUUCCGCUACCCCUGCCGGUUUGGGCCCAUUACGCGUCACCAGUCCUGACCGUUCCCACGGUCGAACAAUAUGAGGAACUAGCGGGCAGCGUUGAACUUGAAACGCAACGUUUAUUGCGCGAGCAUCGCUAUAACACUGUUGGCAAUUUCCUCAGGUUCUAUCGGGACUACUCCAUAAGUGGAGAAAGUGUGCUUGAUAAUUUCUACCGCACAUACCAGCCGAUAAUAACAGACGAACAUUACACUUGCGUCGGCCUUGGAUUCGAGUUGUUACGUCGGUUAACUGAUUUGGAUGAACGAUACCCAGGAUUAGCAAAAAGUCUCUACUUAACAUCAUGUGAAGAGACAAUUGGUAAUGUCGCUAGUUACGUCGGCGGUCCACCAGCGCCGGCCAGCGGUGAGAAAGAGCAUGUACUAGUGUGCCUGAGAAUCAAGAUUGGUGAACGUUGCGGCUUUAUGCUGCUUGAUCCUGGUUAUCAUAUAGCUCGCGUUGUCACUGUGAUGGCUGAUAAAUUGUACCCUCACACUGGCUGGUUUACGCAAAUCGAGGAACCGAACUGCACGAAACUGUACAAUUACUAUCCAUGUACCGAGGAUCCCGAUUAUAUUGAAUGGCAUGAGAGGGUUACUCGACCUGGUGCCUUUGAGACGGCGCAAGUCGCUCUCAUUUACGUGGCGAGGCCAUAUUUAACUGCCAUUGAUGUUACCGAACGUAGAAACUUGGUUUAUAACCACAAGAGCCUCAUAGCCAGAGAUACUAAAGGCCACACAAUCGCUGGUAUAUAUUUUCCUGUUGUACUGGAUCGCGAUAACGCGACCUUCACGAUUUUCCAUCAGACCGCCAACAGGAAGAAACGAGUUAAAAUGGCAUUCAAUAAAUUUCAACGCACUUCGGAGAUACGUCCCAACGCCGAGGAAAUGGAGAUUGUUGCGGAAUGUGCUCGACAGCUCGAAAUUCCGCCGGAUGAACUAGAGAGUAUAAUUUCUGCUCUCGCCCGCAUCAUGAGUGACACGUCAUUCGUGACCCAGCUGUUAACCAUCAACCAGCAUAUCAACACCUUAGCGGAGGCAAAUUAACAGAAGUCAAUCCACUCAGCAUGGUGUCGAUAUAACAUUACGUUUCACGGUUUCUUUUGCCGGCUUUCCUCUUAUGUUCUUUUAUUAAUUACUGUAGAUAUGCUUUGUUACGUUUUAUAAUUUAUUCGUUACGCGUUCACGAAUGGCUCGUGAACCAUUUUCAAAAGUUUGCUGCUAUUUAGUAUUGCAUUUUAUGCGCGCAAUUCAAUGAAAACAUUAACAGAUACGAUCGAAACGGCGUAUUACAUUAUGUACUUCAGCAUAUGUACGUAAACUUCAACACGUUGAACUGUCGCUUUGAUUUCCAUGGAAGGUUACAACAAAUAGUAUUUUUUAUCCACUUGCCUCUAUCGUGUCUGUCGUU